AGAAUGCGGUAAACCUGAGGUGAAUGCACCAAACAGUGUGAUAAGGCAAGAAGGGCCACAAAACCACAACAAACCUAACUAUGGGUUUGAUAAUCACAUAACAACGAAUGGAAACCUCAUGCUGUGCAUAUCUCACUGCAUUGAUGACCACUUGCUUGUCACUUCAAUAACAAAAGAAUACGAUUAGAUUACGAGCUGUUCAGAGUGCUUUGUCGCAUCUCGAAGUAAAGUCGAUUCAGUCGUGCGGAGUGUAUGCUAUUUACAAUAGUGAUAAAUAGAGUGCUUGGCGAGUAAACCAAAUUUUAAUCCGUCGUUAGCAGCAACGGGAAUCUGCCGGGUGGCCAGUCGUCUUCAAUCGAUCCCCGAGUAACAAACUCUGGCCUGCUGUAUCUGCAGGUAUAUAGUGGUCGUUUGUAGGAGUUUCAGUUUCUAAAAAGAUGGCCAAACGACAGAUUUUUCUGAUGUCCUCCUCCGCUGUGCACGGGUACGAGUAUCUGCAGCAUGCCAAAAAUGAUAUAACCGCCUUUUUCCAACGCAACAACGUCAGCCGUGUCUUGUUUAUACCAUACGCCCUGACGGAUUACAACGGCUACACGGAUAAGGUCGGUGGUGUACUGCAACGGUGGGGCUUCCGCUGCGAUGGCAUACACUCGUUCCCGGAUCCGGUUGCGGCCGUACGUGACGCCCAAGCCAUCUACAUUGGCGGUGGCAAUACGUUCCUGUUGCUGAAAACACUGUACGAGAAUCAACUGGUCGAUCCCAUUCGCGAGCGCGUCCUGAAGAAUGCCAUACCGUACGUGGGCAGCUCGGCCGGUACGAACGUGGCAACCAGGAGCAUUCAAACGACCAACGAUAUGCCCAUCGUGUACCCACCGAGUUUCGAUGCCCUUAAUUUGGUGCCGUUCAAUAUUAAUCCACACUACCAGGAUCCGCCGGUGGACGGAACGCACAAGGGCGAGACUCGCGAAGAGCGCAUCAACCAAUUCCACCAGCUCAACAGUGCCCCGGUACUGGGACUGCGUGAGGGUACCACGCUGGUGGUUGAUGGCGAAAAGGCCCAUCUGGUGGGAAUGUUUAAAUCACGAUUAUUCCAACAAAACGAAGAACCGGCCGAGUAUGAGGCGGGAAGUGAUGUAAGCUUUUUGUUGAAAUCUAAGGAAUAAUAAAUCAAAUGGUAUAAAAUCCGAAAAUUGGA